AGAAGAUGCAAGUGUGGCCUUGCCAUGCCUUGAACUAAGGGAAUACUACUUUCGUCAUCAAAGCCAAAGCCAAAGUCAAAGUCAACAGAACAACAACUUUGGAAUCUUGCGAUUCUUAUCAAAAUGUCAAUUUGAACAUGUCGUUCCUUUUACGAAGCUAAUCGAAGCUGUCUUCACACCUACCAAAUCAACCAAACCUAAUUGCGACAAUGACGAACCGUAUCCCUACUGCGAAGAUCACCCUCUCCUACCCUCUCUAUUCGUGCGCCUUCGAUCCGACAGAUCCCAAUCAACUUAUUGUCGCCGGAGGAGGUGGCCCGGGACGGAAUGGUGUGGGGAAUAAAAUUACGGUUCUUGACACCUCCAACCCAGAGGAGUUAUCAGAGGUUGCCGAACUGGAACUAAGUCCGAACGAAGACAACGUCACGACCCUUGCCACCGGCCCUCGAAAAGAUAGAAACCUUACCGUGUUCGCCGGCGUCAAUUCUAGCCCGGAAGAUAUUAAAAAGGGAAAGAAUGAACAUUUUCGCGUUUACGGCAUCAGCCAACCCGCUAAGUCGGCCAAGACUAGCGGUGUAAGGGUCUCCGAGGUCGCGCGAGAUGCGCUGUUCUUGCAUAAGGACGCAAGCGCCUACCAGCGACUCCUCCGUCUGUCCCACCCGUACGAAAAUCUUGCACAACUGGGCGCUAUCGCGACUGGCCUCUCUAAGGAAUCCGAAAUUGCGCUCUUCGAUGUACCAUGUGCAGGAGGCGGGCGGUGGAAAUCACGGGGCAGGCUGGACAUACCUAAGGAAGCAAUGGACCUGGACGUCGUUCAGACUGGUCCCGACACAUACCAGUUAGCAUACUGCGACGAUCACGAGAUAUUCACUGUCGAAGUAUCCAAGACCGAAAUCUCGGACCCGAAAUGUGUAUACACAAUUACCCCAGAUGAAGGUGCCACAGCUAAGGCAUCGUUCAAAUCAUUGCGCUACCUGACGCCCGGUUUUCUCAUAACCGUCGUCAAUAGGCCCAAUUCCAAUGGGGUCGCCCUGCACGGCUUUCGCCUCCCCGCCAAAGAGCAGGAGAAUGCGCGCCUUGCGAUUAAGGCCAGAUUGCCGAAGGGUGUCUCCAAGGCAACCGGCCUCGCUGUGAGAAAUUUAUCGCCGGCUUCCUCCCCGUCGGAAAAGCAAGGCGAAACCCAAUUCGUUGUCGCUGUCGCCGGGAACGAUGCAUCGAUAUCGCUAUUCACCUUGGAACAUAAAUCCGCAGCCAGCGUCGACCUCCUAGCGGAUCUCGCGCCUUUCCAUGUGCUCAAAGGUGCUCACCCUUCGAAUAUAACUGGUAUUACGUUUUCGCCUUUCACGCCACCAAAAUCAUCAAAGUCUACCGCGGAACUUACAGUUAAGCUGGCCACCGUAGGUGUUGGCUUCACAACUGUUGUACAUAGCAUACCACUCAAGAAGCACGUUGACAAAUCUAUCUCAGAAAGGAAAGGAGGACCCCCUAAGCCGUCGCGCUACGUCGUCGCAUUAAAAUCUCAAAGCGAAUCACCCCUGACUGUCAUCACUCUUGUCACAAUAGUGAUACUCAUCCUCGCCAUAAUCGGGCAGACGUUCCUCGAAGCAAAAAAUAUCGGCCAGCCCGUACUCGGGGUCAGGCCGUAUCUUCCUACUUCAUGGACAACGCCGUUGCGAAAGGUUUCUGAAACUAAUGACAAGAACAUCAAGGACCUCUUAUCAAAUGCCCAGGGUGAACAUGGUCAACCUAUUGUGAUUCGACAUAUUGAAAAUGGAGAGACCGAUGCCCACGGGCUUCCGCCUCUUCACGUCGGUGUUCACAGCGAAGAAGACGAAGAGACUCACGGUCCCACCGUAGCGUGGGAGAGCUUGGAUCCCAAGGAACAGGACGUCUGGAAGCUACGACUCAAAAAGACGGGCCAUUGGGUCGAAGAUAUGGGAGAGUCUAUCUUCAAAGGUGUACUGUUCGGCGAGAUCGGCGGGGCUAUUGGGAACAUAGUCGGUGAGGCCUUGUAAGGAAUUUAUGUCAUGUGUAUACGAAGAGAGAGGAACGAGGCUCUGUACGCCUCUUAGAUGAUCAUAUCACGAAGGACGCAGUCUGUAUGAUGUGCUCUGUAUAAAAUAUGCCUAGCUAUCUAUGAAUACGAAAUUAAUCACGUUCAGCUGCGUGUUGUGGUAUGUCUCGGCAUCGGUGUGCGGAAUUAUGAGACGGCCUCGGGAAG